GCAAUGGCGGCUCGGUGUGGGAAUGCAGGGAAGAUUUUGCGAAGUAUUAUAAGUAAUUCUGCUUCUGCGAUCGGAGCUAGUACUCAAAAAACAAAAUAUUUAAGCACUCUGAGCAGCUCCUCUCGUAUAUCGCCAAAUUUUAUUGGAAGGAAAUGGAAAAAAGGAGCUUUUCUUAAAUCUGUUCCUGGGGCUGUGAAUCAAGAAAGACAUAUACAUACUUCAGAUGACCUCAAAAGGAAAGACUACUAUAAAAUUCUUGGGGUGUCACCAAAUUCAGAUGCAAAAGAAAUCAAGAAAGCGUACUUUGAGCUUGCUAAGAGGUAUCACCCUGACACCAACAAAGACAAAAGUGGAGCUGAAAAAUUCCAAGAAAUUAAUGAAGCAUAUGAGAUUUUGAGUGAUGAUACUAAACGCAGGGCAUAUGACAGUUAUGGACAAACAGACUUUUCAGGUCAAGGUCCAUUUGGUGGAGGAGCUGCAGGUUUUGAUGCGGAAGAUAUCCUAAAGUCAUUCUUUGGUGGAAGAGAUGGACCAUUUAGUGGCUUCAGAACUGCUGGUAUGGAUUUUGAAGACCUCCAGCAAGCACAGCAGUACUCAAUGAAUCUGUCAUUCAUGGAAGCAGCAAAAGGUUGCAAUAAAGAUAUGUCUAUCAAUACAAGGGUGAUCUGUGAUCGGUGUAAUGGAAAAAAGGCUGAACCAGGAACAACACAUUCAAAAUGUCACUCAUGUAAUGGAACAGGACAGGAAACAGUCAAUACAGGUUUUUUUCACAUGAGGUCAACAUGUCGUCGAUGUGGAGGUCAAGGAUAUAUUAUUAGUACUCCAUGCAGAAAGUGUCGUGGGAAAGGAAAGGUUUCUGAAACUAGAAGAAUCACAGUCCCUGUUCCUGCAGGUGUUGACGAUGGACAAACUAUCAGACUACCAAUGGGAACAGGUGAAGUGUUUAUUACAUUAAGGGUAUCUCAAAGUAAAAUAUUUGAACGUCAAGGGUCUGAUGUGUUCACGACUGCUACUAUAAGUUUUACACAGGCUGUCCUUGGUGGCAAAAUAAAGAUACCUGGGAUACAAGGUGAUAUUGAAUUAAAGAUUCCACAAGGCACGCAGUCACACCAACGAAUGAGGCUUAGUGGGCGUGGUAUACCUAGAGUGGAUGGCUUAGGAAAAGGAGACCAUUUUGUUAGUUUUAAAAUUCAUAUACCAAAAUAUUUAACGUCCAAACAGAAGGAAUUGAUACAAGCCUUUGCUGAAUUAGAAGAUGAUGUUAGCGGCACAGUGAAUGGAGUCGAUAAAAAUAACACAAAUAAAGGGAUAAAUGCACAGCGUAUAUUCGAUGCUUUCCAGAAUUCGAAAGAGAAAUUCAAGGAAUCAGAAACUAUUAAUUCCAUGAAAGAUGAUUCUGAUGAGCGCUUGAAGCCCGAUGGAACAUGGGAAGGCGGCGAUGAUAGACAGGAAAAGAUGCACGCAUCAGAACUUCAAAAGACAAUCAAACUAGCUCUUUUUUUAGUGACAAUUUGUAUGGUGUACAUCACAUAUAGUAGUCUAACUAGUGGAACAUCAAAUCAUCAAAAAAAAGAGUAUAGUGAUGUAGACUGAUUUUACACUUAGGGUUUUAACUUUCUUUUAAUUGGCUUCUGUGAAUAAAUCAACAAACCUAAACUACUCGUUUAUGCUUAAUCCUAUAGAAACUUAGGGGAUGUUUACGGACAUUUUAACGGAAAGACGUACAAGGCGUGGCUAUCGAUAAACUGGCUCGUUACUGUCUGUGUGUUGACCGGCUGAUUUCUCAUUUCACGAAAAAAAGUAGCAGACUUUAUUAAUAACAAUACGUUUAAAUCCAGAGUUCGUGACUUGGUAUUUUUCCGACGUUUUUUAUUAUGGUCAUUUUUAUUUAGCGUUCCGUCGGCUUGUGACUUGAAAGUUUGACUUUCAAUAAAAUUGUUGCAAGGUGAGAAAAAAGAGAUUGUGUACUGCAAGG